GGGUACUGUAGCACCGCUGAAAGCGGUUAAUUUACAACACAGAUCGUGCUCUCGGAAACAUCUUCCACGCCUGAUUAUUGCAGUUACUGAAUGAUGGCCUCCCCUCAGCCAGGCAGCCCACCUACAGCUGAGCAGCACACUCCAACUCCUGAGACUGAGCCCAUUGAAGAGAGUGAGAAUACAGCUGAGAAACCAACUAAAAGAAGAAACAAAGGAAAACCGUCAAAAUCUCAGAACCUAUUUAAAUGCUCAGACUGCCAGGACACAUUUUCCAGCUCCUCUGCUCUACAGAGCCAUAAGCUCUCAGCUCACGGUCAAGACAAGCAGCAGCCGUACACUUGUGGCCAAUGCAGCAAGACCUUCUCAAGCCGUGCUCAACUCUCUAAGCAUCAGCGCUCGCAUUCGGCUGAGCGUCCAUUCCAGUGCCCUCAGUGCCAUAAAGCAUACAAGACUCAUACCGAGUUGCGCAAUCACAGCCGCUCCCACACUGGAGAAAAACCCUUUGUUUGUACUGAAUGUGGCAAGGCAUUUAUGCAGGCCAUCUGCCUGCGCAUUCACAUGACACAACACAGUGGCGAGAGGCCUCAUUCUUGCCCGCACUGCUCUAAGAGCUAUCCUACGCUGUCCAAGCUGAAAGUUCACCAGCGCUCCCACACAGGAGAGAAGCCUUAUUUCUGUGCAGAAUGUGGCAAGAGUUUCGCUGACCCCUCUGUGUACCGCAAGCAUCGGCGCAAUCACCAAGGUCACCGGCCAUAUUCCUGCCAACAGUGUUCCAAGACAUAUACGGAACUCAAGGAUCUGAAGAACCACGAACGUUCUCAUACUGGUGAAAAGCCGUACCUUUGCUCAGACUGUGGCAAGGCCUUCUCACGCUCCUCCUCCUUGGCCUGUCACCUGCGUAUUCACUCCCAGAGCAAGCCAUACCAGUGUGAGCAAUGCGGCAAAGGCUUUACUCAGCUCUCUUCUUACCAGUCCCACCUUCGCACUCACUCUGGUGAGAAGCCCUUUCUCUGUCCACAGUGUGGCAAGAUGUUCUCAGACCCUUCCAGUUUUCGCCGGCACCAGAGGGCACAUCAGGGAUUUAAACCCUACCCAUGUGACAAGUGUACCAAGAGAUUUCGACAGCCAGCUGAUCUAGCCGUGCACCAACGUGUGCAUUCAGGUCAAAGACCAUACAAAUGCCAAAAUUGCGACAAGGCCUUCGUUGCAUCUUGGGAUCUGCGUCGGCACAUGCUGGUGCACACCGGCCUUCGACCGUUCUCCUGCACCGAUUGUGGCAAGUCCUUUGCAGAGCGCUCCAGUCUCAACAAGCACAGGAGGGUGCAUUCUGGAGAGCGGCCAUUCAAGUGCCAGAUGUGUUUCAAGUCAUUUGUCAUGUCAUCCAGUCUGCGUAAGCACGAAAGGACCCACUUACCUGAGAGACCUGUCCGACAAGAACAGCCCACUGAAUCCGAGCAAGGCUUUCCCCAAAACACCAGACCACAAUUCUCUUGUGUUCACUGUGAAAUGAUCAUUUUUGGGACAUGGGAAGAGGUACAGGCCCACACCAGCCUCCAUGCAAUCUCUCCUCCAUCAGAUUCAACAAAUAUUCGCACUGGCCCGUUUAUUUGCGAGACAUGCCAGGCUGAGUUCCCUCAGUUAUCUGAACUCCAGGCACAUGAGAAGGUACACCCCAAGCCACGACCACAUAUAUGUGACAGCUGUGGCAAAGGUUUCUUGAACAAAGCCGGAUUACGUAAGCAUCAGCGCAUCCACUCCAACAGUCGCCCACACUGCUGUGCAGUCUGUGGUAAGUCUUUCCUCUUUGCUGCUUACCUCCGCAAACAUCUGCGUACACACCGAGACAAUCAGUCAUCAUCUCCCCUGCCACAGACAGAUGUAACCCACACACAGCCAUUGCCAUCCCCAUCGAGUGCAUCCUCCCCGGUAAAAUCGGAGCCCGCUGCGAUUUCUCUAACUGUGCCCGUCAUUGUACCAGCGACAGCGUUCCAGACAUUGUCAGGCCAUGUGUACAUAAACAAAGAAGAGGACAUUUGAAAUACCAGUGUAUUGGACAUGAUUUUCAAUAUUGGGUGGGUUUUUUUUUUUAUUAAGGCAGCGCAAAGUGGUUGCUUCCUACCAGUUGUUUCCUACAUGCCUUACAAAGCACCCAUGUGUGCAAAUAGUCCCAGCUUGACAUGCCAUAUAAAAAAGGGUGGGUAGGGUUGCCCACUCACAGCUCCAGGGUCCCAGGUUUGGUGACUGUCAUGCCAGAAGGAAUUGGAUAAGAUACUCUGCCCCUAGUUGUGAAUGAGUGUGUGAAUGUAUGUAUGCAUGGUGCUCUGCAAUGAACUGGAGUCCCAUCCAGGGUGUAUUCUCAUCUCCCGCCUACUGCAACCCUGAUCAGGAUAAAGUGUUUACUGAAAUUGAAUGAGUGUGCUUACAGGGUGAAUCGUUUGAGAAGAAUGCAGUUGAGUCAAACACACGUACAUACAUACAUACAUACAUACAUACAAGUCUCUUGUUAAAUCCUGCAGUCCCUUCUACUCUUUACAAGUUCUUCAAAGGUUACUUGGAUUGUUAAAGUUUCUUGACUUCAUAAAAAGGUUCUGCUAGGCACAUAUGAUAGCUCAACUCUCUGUUGUAAGGUUCUAUAUAGAACAUAUAAAAUGUUCAUUUAAAACAAUUAAAGGGUUGUGUAAUUACCUUUUUACUGAGUAUGAAUCAAGAGAAUUUUGUAUGAUAACUAUAAAAAGGUGCUGUUUAUACAUUAUUAUUAUUAUUAUUAUUACUCAUAAAAAACAUUCUUGAUUUAAAUGAAUUUAAUUGAUUACAUAUAACCAUAUGUAUUUGUGUGAUUGAUCAUUGCUACUAUAUCAAAGUUUAUAUCAAUCUUUGAUAUACAUUUUUGCUCUAAGUUAGUGGAAGGGUCAGUAUUUUACAUACAAUUCAACUUUACACAAAUGCAUGAAUUUAUUAGAUUAUAGCCACUACCUGUACUUGUCAGUUUACCCUUGGACAAAUGGCAGUUUACUCUGACUAUUCUGUAUUCAAUAAAGUUAUCUAA